AUGUCUUUCGAAAGCCCAAGAUCAAUUCCUGAGCGGCCAAAUGCGUCAACGAAAAGCUCGAAAGCAUCAACCAUGCAGAAUGGGAACAAGGUAGAGACCAUUUCCAAAGGUUAUGACGAUGUUUCCGAGGCGGCUCCCAGUCAUGCGCAGCAUCCACGCGAUGGUAUAUCCCCCCGAACAUGGACCAUAAUGCUUUGCGGCAAUCUUCUCAUGUCCAUGAUUGGCGGUUACGAUACAAGCAACGUCGCAAAUAUACAGGUGCCUGUUUAUCAAGCCUUUGGCCACAUCGAUCUCCUCCCGUGGGUCAGUUUGGCGUAUUGCCUCAGCGCAGUUGCUAUAGUACCAUUUGUCCGCAAACUCACUUCGUUUUGUGAUCUGAAGUGGAUGGCUCUAGUUUCGUGUGUGUUAACAUGCGCUGCAUCAGCACUUGCUGGCGCUGCACCAAACAUAGUAUGUGUCAUAUUUGGGCGAGUCUUCAUGGGCCUCGGUUCUGCGACGAUAUAUCAAAUAAUCCUGUCAUACAACGUUGUCUUCGCCCGGCCUCAAGAGCUUCCACUAUUGCAAGCCCUAGUAGGCGCAUCCUUUGCGGUUGGGCUUAUAUCAGGUCCUAUUGUCGGGGGGGCUUUUGCAGAGAAUGAACACACAACGUGGAGAUGGGCCUUCUAUAUCGUCAUCCCAGUCUUGGCGUUGACCUCGCUACUAUUAUUCUUUUACCCUUCUCAUAAAUUUCCAACAAAGAAAACCACGCUGCAGAAUCUCAAAGAGAUAGACUGGGUCGGGUGCGUCCUUUGGGCAGGAGUGUUCGUGCUCUUCGGUCUUGCGUCGAUUUUUUCUGGCACAAAAUGGGCGUGGGACUCUGGAGCUGUCAUCGCAGUAUGGACUGUGUUUGGCUUGGCCGUGUGGGCCUUCAUCAUCCAGCAGUAUAUGAGUUUCUUCACCACACCUGAACAGCGAGCAUUUCCGGUCCAUCUACUCACUGUCAGCGCUGUGGCUAUACCCAGCCUGUGUGCAUUGCUGUCGGCUGUCGCGUACGGCGCCACUCUGUAUUACACUCCUAUAUACUUCGCCUUCACUCGAGGCCAUGGAGCCUUGGGUGCCGCGGUGCGUCUUCUACCCUUUAUAGGCGUGUUCAUAUUCAUGAUCUUCCUAUCUGGAGGACUGCUCCCAGUGCUCAGAUACUAUAAGGCGUUCUUCCUGGUAGGAGCCGUCUUCGUGCUCAUUGGAGGCGGCCUACAGCAGACCGUCACAUCACAGACGUCGGAAAGCAGAGUCAUGGGCUUUGAGGCCGUCAUUGCUGCUGGGUUGGGGCUCAUGUGGCAGAUCUCCCUGCCCAUUGCGUCCGCAGUCUUGCCACCGCAAUAUCGCAUCGACGCAGCGGCUCUGGUCAACAUGUGUCAGAUGUGUGGAAUAUCGAUCUCACUUGCGAUUUCUGGUGCCAUCUAUGAGAACAUCGGCUUUGGUAGGAUCGAAGACAUUGUGGCCGGCAUGGGUUUCUCAGCUCAUGAUAUUCGCGAGUUGUUGUCUGGGGCCGACUCUCCUAUUCUAUCGAGACUGGAUCCGGAGGUUACACUACAAGUGAUUGACGCAGCGACGAAGGCGAUCGUCAGUUGUUUUAACUUGACCAUAGGGGCCGGGGCUAUUUGUUUCAUCGCAGCUUGUUGCAUGAAGUUCGAGGCUUUAGACUUCAAAAAGAGAUCCGCCAGGAAGGUGGACACUGAAGAAUAUGACAAGGCAUAG